AUGACGGCGCCGAUACAGCCUAUUAAGCGAUCGUUUACCGUUCCCUCGAAGCCUCGUAGAGUGCGCCAUUCCCUAGGCUCUUACGACCGUCCGAGCAUUUCCAUCCCUUCCGAUGAUAUUAUUUUCUAUCAUCCAUCUGCAACCAUUGUCAAGUUCGAGCUGCCACGGUCGUCCAGUUCGAGCCCUAUUCUUCCCGAUUUGGAUUACCCAGUCGAUGCGAUUGAAACAUUGCCAUGGAGGACAAGGUCAGAGGUCAUUGCUGCAAUCGGUGCUCUAAGGAUAGAAAACGUUGCCGGCUCUGCUGCGUUUCUUAAAUCGGGGAACGUUGUAUAUGCUUUGUUGAAGAAUUGCCAGUGCUGGUGCGUUGAUGCGAAGGCGACCUUCGUUUUACGAUUGAGGAAACUCACAUACUACCGUAUCGAAUUCCCACACGAGACGGAGGAAGAUCUUCUGAGGAUAGAAGAAUGGAAGCAGAUUCUAUCGAACAUAAUCCGGUACGAAGUCACUCCUUGUCCAUUCAAAAGAGGAUUCUCCGUGGAGCUUCCUGAAGAAGCCAGAACUCCGAAGAAGAAACGGGCCUGGAGGCCAAAAACAAUAUUAGGCAUUCCAAACAUUCCUCAAAAUUUUGAGGGGAGCAUUUCGUCUGAGGAUCGCGAGUCAAGCGAGUCGGGGAGUAUCGCCGAUGACUUCGACAGUCGAAGUAUCCGGUGUGGCAGUGUCCCUCCACCUACAAAUCGACGCUUUUCUCAUUCAUCCGCAUUUUCAAUGCCCAGAAGAACUAGCUUCCGUGUUGUUUCGGAGCCGGCACCAAACUUUGAAACUCUUCUUGCGAAAUUCGAAUCUGAGUCUGAAAAAGAUAGGUCCACUCUAGUUGAGAGUGCAAGUGUCGCAUCAAGUGCUUCGUCGUUCUACUCUGCCGUAGACCCGCCACCCUCAUUUCGCUCAUACUCACCCUCCCCCUUAAAUCGGUUACCAAUGAGCCAUACCCGAGAAACUUCGGUUGCAACAAUCAUUCCUGUGCCUGCAGAUGAUUCAUCGCUAGACCAUUACUCCGCAACGAAUGACGACCAGGCUCCGUCCUCUCCUGCAUCAAUACCGGUUGACUCUGACUGUUCACAUUCCAACAUACAACCUGUGUUAGAGGUUUCUAUAGAGAGCCAAAACACAACCAUUCGUCAGCGCAUUCGCGCCCGACAACGUUCCUUAUCCCCUUUACCACCAUCCUCAACACUAUUCACACCUGCCCCCAAAUCCCCUAUUAAUAAUCUAUUCGAUACCAUAUUUGAAAAGACCUAUACAUUUGUCCUUGGACCUCCUAUACACCUUUUGGUCAUGUUCCUUCGACUCGCUGCUGAAGUUUCCUCGGGUGAUAAUCCUCGUCACCCAGCUGGAACUGAGGUUGGGAGAUCAUCGGCUGAAAGUCACAUGCUUGAUGAGACCGAAGAUAUUUGGAGCGAGGAUGAUUUUGGUAACCCCUUAUCCUCGAUUGGCUCUGCUAGACAGAUGAGAGGAGAAAGCCCAGCAGGUUCGGACCUCUCUAGCGAAGUUGAUUAA